AUGCUUCAUUUUCUGGCCAUCGAAUUAGUUUUGCUUAUUUGCGAUCAGCUCGACAGCGAGAGAGAUGUCAGUGCACUGGCGAGAGCCAGCCAAAAAUUGUAUGGCGUACUAAGCCGCGUUUUGUACCUCCGCAACGCAACAUACUCAGGAAGCUCUGCUCUUUUGUGGGCUAUUUCCAGCGGGCAGCACAUGACGGCUGAGAGGGCCGUGACCGCCUGGGCUACUUUGCUCCGCACGAAAGUUUCGGACGAAUCCACCACAGGGCCCGUCUUCUAUGGCCACAAUGCUUUUGUCCGGGCGGCGGAACAGGGCAGUGACCUCGUCGCCCGUAUGAUGACCGAGACGGGGAUGAUUGAUAUCAACUGGCGUGACCCCGGACAUGGGCGGACUGCACUUGGGUGGGCUGCGAUGUGCGGAAAUAGCUCUGUUCUCGGUUUUCUCGUGGGAUUGAAAGACGUUUUGUUAGACUCCACAGAUUAUUACGGACACACUCCUCUGUCGCUGGCUGCCCAAACUGGGAAUCUAACAUCUGUUAGGUUGCUGUUGAGAACGGAGAGAGUGAAUCCGAACGCUGUCGAUCGGUUACAGCUUCGGACUCCUCUAGCCUGGGCCGCGUUCCGUGGUAGGUUGGAAAUUAUGAAAGAGUUGAUGCGGCAGAGAGAGGUCGACGUAGACCCCCUUGAUGUGCGAGGGUGGACGCCUCUGUCACUAGCAUGCCAGGGCGGUUAUGCCGAGGCCGCGGCGGAGCUGCUUGCCACUGGCCUGGUCGAUGUAAACUCCAAAGACAGAUUCUGGCGUCGCACCCCACUAAUUUGGGCCGCUUUUUACGGGGAGGAGAAUGUAGUCAGAGUGCUGUUGCGCUCGGAAGACAUUGUGGCGGGUAUCGCCGACAUACGCGGCCACACAGCAUUGUCUCUUGCGGUCCAGGGAGGAGUCGGACGAGUAACGAGGUUACUUCUACAUAGUGGGAAAGUGGACCUAGGGUCUAUCGACCGUGUACGGAAAAUCCCCAUUGCAACGGGGAGUAUACAGUCAUCGACCCACGACCGGCUUCAUGCCACCAGCACUAAGGCCGCCUUGACAUCAUCGUCGUAG